CAAAGGGUAUCGCAGUAAACCACGUUCAUAUAUACAACCAAACAUGCCCGCCAACCCAUCUUUGGAAGCUGUGUCAGCGGCCAACGCCACAAAAAGAAAGAAUGCUCCUCGGGACGAUGAGGACAGUGGGUCGGAAAGUGGAAGUGACGUCAGCAUGAUCAAUGUCGACUUUGACUUUCACAACUUUAACCCAGAUGUCGAUCUCAUCGCAAUCAAGCGACUUCUCCGACAGACUCUUUCUUACGACGAAGAGCGUAUAGAUGUUCACCCCCUCGCCGAGCUUAUCCUGUCGGAAGGUAUACGGCUCCAGGCCGGAAGCACCAUCAAGACUGAUGGCGAGGAGAGCGAUCCUUGGGGAUUGGUGUCUGUCGUUGACAUUGCAAAGAACCAAGAACACCCCGCUUUGAAGCCCUUCUUGGAGUACCUCCGCUCAUCAGUCAAAUCUGGCUCUCCCCUCGCAUCCUCCCUCACCCCUUCCGCCGGGUCAUCCAUUCGCCCUGCCCUCGUCUUUUCCCUUCGUAUGCUCAACCUUCCUUUGCCCCUCAUCCCGCAUCUCUACAGAAUGCUGUUAGAAGAGCUUGAAGUGAAGGAGGAGGGACGGUUCACGCACUUUGUGAUCUGGAGCCGAGGGUAUAGACUGGAAGGCAACGAGGAGGGUAUGGGUUUGGACUACAAUGUCGUGGAGAAGUGAGUUGGUGCGUAGUAUGUGGAUAGAGCUGACAUGGUGCUCCAGAUCUUCCAAGAAAAAGAAGGGAGGACAAAACCAUGAGACUGUCGCCCUUGCUGCUGGCAGCUUCCCCUACCACCCCGAGGAAGAGUUCACGGAUAAGGUAGCUACCACCACCCAGACUUUCCCCUUCAAGACUGCCGCACCUCGAGACGCCGAGUCAUUCGGCGUCGAGCAAUUCGGCCGACUGACCCUCUUGGAGAAGAGCAAGCUUGUCGAGGCGAUCAAGGCGAUGCAAGCUGCUUGUGAAUAAAGAAAGCGACAUC